AUGUCCUGCUCGGUUGCAAUCUCACUCAGCUCUCUGACUAUUGUUCGUCUCGAAAGCAGCCCGAGAGCGGGAGCGAGAGGGAAUAUCAACGACUUGCUCAGCGGCCCGAUUCGCCAGUUUAGCCUGCUAUUCUACAGCAGGAACAGUGCCGACAUGACGGAAGCUCUGAAGAACUUCAGGAAGGCUGCCGCUUUCUUCAGGCACCAGGUUGUCUUCGUAACCAUCAACGUUGAUAAAGAACACUUCGAACUGAUCCUCAUGUACUUCCACAUCUGGCAGGGCAAUGUUCCCGCCUUGCGCUUCGCCGAGCAUGACGGUGUCGGAUCUGUGACACCCUUCAUGCCCAAGGCGGACUCACUCAAAACUGAAGACAUCAAGACCUUCGUUGAGGGUGUGCUGAACGGCAGCAUCAAAGAAACACCUUGGCUCGCAGAUUCGUUUAACUCGACAAUCCAUCGCGCCAAGAUGGUCGUGCAAAAGAACUUUGAUGAAGUCGUCUUUGACAAGACCAAGGACGUCCUGGUGCUGUUUUACUCGCCCUGGUGCACCCUCUGUUUUCAUCUGACGCUAGACUACGACUGGUUGGCCAACAGGUACAAUGACCGUGCGGACUUGCUCAUCGUGAAGAUGGACGCCACGAUAAGUGAGCUCGAGCACACAGACAUCCAGAGCUUCCCCACCUUGAGGCUGUACAAGAAGCAGACCAAUGAGGUUGAAGAUGACGAGGACGAGAAACAGGGAAAGGAAUUGGAUGGCGAAGUGCACGAUGACAUGGACAAGAACGUAGACAAAGAACAGGGAGAGAAAGAGGGAGACAAGAAGAGGGAUGAACUUUGA